GUCAGCAAUACAUACACAGAUUGUUUGCGCUGGGUAUCUUGUUAGACAUGGCCUACUCUGCUAUCAUUCUUUCUCUACUUGUUCUCACCUAUACAGCAGCUGCACCCAUCACUCUGAGACAACUAGAUGAGUUAUUAAGUGGUGUUCAGAAAUUAACCAAUGAAGACGCCCAACGCUUGACGAGUGGAGACGCCCAACGCUUGACGAGUGGAGACGCCCAACGCUUGAAGAGUGGAGACGCCCAACGCUUGAAGAGUGGAGACGCCCAACGCUUGAAGAGUGGAGACGCCCAACGCUUGAAGAGUGGAGACGCCCAACGCUUGAAGAGUGGAGACGCCCAACGCUUGAAGAGUGGAGACGCCCAACGCUUGAAGAGUGGAGACGCCCAACGCUUGAAGAGUGGAGACGCCCAACGCUUGAAGAGUGGAGACGCCCAACGCUUGAAGAGUGGAGACGCCCAACGCUUGAAGAGUGGAGACGCCCAACGCUUGAAGAGUGGAGACGCCCAACGCUUGAAGAGUGGAGACGCCCAACGCUUGAAGAGUGGAGACGCCCAACGCUUGAAGAGUGGAGACGCCCAACGCUUGAAGAGUGGAGACGCCCAACGCUUGAAGAGUGGAGACGCCCAACGCUUGAAGAGUGGAGACGCCCAACGCUUGAAGAGUGGAGACGCCCAACGCUUGAAGAGUGGAGACGCCCAACGCUUGAAGAGUGGAGACGCCCAACGCUUGAAGAGUGGCAACUCUCUCUGUGAACAUAAAAUUCAGAUUUUUCUGAAAGGAAAACAGAUUUACAGUUCAUGUAUAAAUGCCUAGUAUGAAGAUGUAAAGUAUAUUUAAUAAAAUCA